CAAAGCGAAGCCGGUAGCAGCCAUAUUGUUUUUGAAGCGUGGGUAUAUUUGAGAAAUAAUUUCACCAAAUUGGAUUAUUUACAGCUAAACAUAACCUGUAAGGAUGGCUAGUAAGGUGCGGAAGACGACGACCACAACGAUUACCAGCCAGAAAGCCAGUUCCUCCGGUAUAUCGUCCCCACAAGCACAAUCAACGCCAAGUAGUGCAGCUCGGGGUGCUCGAUCUCCUUCUCCGAACCGAAUAAGUAGGUUACAAGAAAAGGCUGAGCUUUCUGGGCUCAAUGAUCGUCUAGCGAAUUACAUAGACCGUGUACGGGCUCUUGAACAGGAAAAUAGUCGUCUGCUGGUGACGAUCCGCAGUUCCGAAGAAACCAGAGUCAGUGAGCAGAGCAAUAUCAAAGAAAUUUACGAGAAAGAAAUCAAAGAUGCCCGGUUACUCUUGGACCAAACUGCCAAGGAUAAGGCGAAACUUCAGAUCGAAGCUGGAAAAUACAAAACAGAAUGUGAAGACUGGAUGGUCAAAUACCACAAGGCAAAGAAAGAUCUGGAAAAUGCAGAAAGGAGGAAUUUGGUUCUGGAAACAGAGAAUGGCGAUCUUAAGGCAAAACUUGCUGAUGCCUUGAAACAGAGGAAGCAUUGGGAGACAGAAUAUAAUAGCAUGAAGGGAUUAAUAAAUGGCCUUGAAAAACAACUUGCAACAGCUAAGAAACAGCUAGAGGAGGAGACUUUGUUAAGGGUUGACCUUGAAAAUAGGUACCAGUCUCUGAAGGAAGAGCUCAACUUCAACUCCAGAGUACACGCACAGGAGUUGAAUGAGACUAGAACUCGUUUAGAGACAUCUAUAGAGGAAGUAGAUGGUUCUGUUAACAGACAGUAUGAGAACAAACUUCAAGAUGCUCUUCGGGAAAUGCGCGCAGCUCACGAGAUCCAGAUGCGAAUCUACAGAGAAGAGACUGAAACUCUGUAUGAGGCAAAGAUGCAAGACCUACAGAACAUGGCAGACAGAAAUGGCCAACAAGCCACCAACACUCGAGAUGAAUUGCGAACCACCCAGAAGAAGAUUUCAGAGUUGAACUCGCAAAUCUCUCAACUGAGCUCUCUCAAUACUCAACUUGAGGCGCGUGUACGUGACCUUGAGUCACAGCUUUCCAGUGAGCGUCUCACGCACGAGGCUGCACUUGAUUCACGUGAUCAAGAAAUCAGAGCGCUCAGGACGCAGCUUGAAGAGCAAUUUAUUGAAUACCAAGAUCUGAUGGACAUUAAGAUUGCCCUCGAUCUUGAGAUUGCUGCAUACAGGAAGAUGAUUGAGGGGGAGGAAACAAGAUUGAACAUCUCUUCUGCAUCAGAGGCGACACCUGGUGGCACUCCACAACAGAGACGUACCCCUGUCAGAUCUGGCAAACGUAAGAGAAUGGCCUAUGACAGCAGUGCCAUAAGGGAGCUCACCCAGACAACAUCACAGACUGGUUACGAAAAGUCAUCGAACGCAACAGCUGAAAUUUCUGUGGAUGAAGUUGAUGAGAGCGGCAGAUUUGUUCGUCUCAAAAACAACUCUGCUUCAAAGGAUAUACCUCUAUCUGGACACAAAUUGGUGCAUAAAGCUGGCGACAAGGAGACAGAUUUCAAGUUCCAUCGCUCUAGUACUCUCAAGGCUGGACAGACCGUUACUGUAUGGAGCGCAGAUAGUGACGCAACCCAUAGUCCUCCCACAGAUCUUGUAAUGAAAGGACAAUCCUGGGUCCUUGGCGAUAACAUGAAGACAUCCCUUCUUAAUAAGGCAGAGGAGGAGAUUGCUUCCAUGGAGCUGAACAAAUCCAUACUGAGGACAUCGCAAUUCUCACGCUCAGGCUUCUCCGACUCCACAGACGGCACUCUGGAUGAGGGGGAUCCCAACAAAGACAAAUGUGUCAUUAUGUAGUUCCACAAUAAACCUAUAGAUGUCACACACGUCUCGGGUCAGCCAUGCCUCAUUGACAACAUCAUAAUAACAUGUAGGAGAAAUAUACCAUCAGAAAGCUUGUAGGAGAAAUAUAUCAAUAGAAAGUAGUGGGAGAAUACCAUCAGGAAAAUUAAAUCAUAUUGGAGUUAUAGUAUAGUAUAUCACUUGAAAGCUAGUAGAAGUAUAUCACCAGAAAGCUUAUGGGUGACAUUUAUUGAAGGAUAGUUACUAGGAGGAAUAUAUUACUAUAGCUCAAGGAAGAUCUACACCACCGGAAAGUUAAAAGAACUAGUGUGUAUUGAAAGUGCAAUCGUAGAAAGAGAAACUCAAUCGGCAAAAUAAUGAUUUCUGGAUUUAUAUUUGUGAAUUUGUAGGCUUUAGAGUGAUGUGUAAAAAGUUUGGAAAGCAUGGAAUUUGGGACCAGGCUGAAUUGCAGAUAACUAGUGCAUUAUUUAUCAGACAAGCUUCAAUAUUAUUAUCCAGAUUUGUCUCAAUAAUCAUUGAGAAAUUCUGGUCUAAUAUACUACAUAUUUUCUUAUAUGCUAGUAUAAAAAAGUGUACAUUUUUCCAUAAUCAAUUUUACAUUUCAUUACUACGAGUAUAGGUCUGUUGAAAAAAAAUUGUGGACAAAUU